GGUGACCAAAGGUGACCGCGAGCGCAGGUAAAGCCAAGAGGUCCAACAGGUGGGCGGCGGCGGCGUCUCUGCCACCUUUUCCGGGACGCUCACGGUUGGUGCCGCCGCCGCAGGGAAACUUGUCGCUUCGGGAGCGUACUCCCUGAAGAAGCGGGCAGCGCGCCUGCGCAAGAGGGCUCCGCCGCGGCCACCUGCGCCUGCGCACAAGGGCUCGGCGGCGGCUUGCGCCUGCGCGGUGCGGCGCUGCGGAGACCGUUGGCUCAUUUGCAUGUCCCCGCCUCGCGCGGCGGCGGCGACGGCGGCGGCGGCGGCAGCGGCGGCGGCGGCAGCGGCGGCGGCAGCGGCGGCGGCAGCAGGGGCAGCAGGUGAAGAGCCUGAGGCGGCGGCGGGAGUGUCUCCGCGCGCAGUGGGCUCGGGGUUAGAGAAACAUGGCAGCAAGGCGAAUUGCGCAGGAGACUUUUGAUGCUGUAUUACAAGAAAAAGCUAACCGAUAUCACAUGGACCCCAGUAGUGAGGCUGUAGGCGAAGCUCUUCAGUUUAAAGCUCAAGAUCUUCUAAGGACAGUCCCAAGAGCCAGAGCAGAUAUGUAUGAUGACAUUCACAGUGACAGCAGAUACACUCUGGGCGGAUCUGUAGCUCACUCUCGAGAAACUGCCAGGGAAGGCCUGAGAAGUGAUGUAUUUCCAGGACCUUCCUUCAGAUCAAGCAACCCUUCUGUAAGUGACGACAACUACUUUCGUAAGGAAUGUGGCCGAGAUCUGGAAUUUUCCCACCCUGACUCCCGAGACCAGGUCUUUGGCCACCGGAAAUUGGGACAUUUCCGUUCUCAGGACUGGAAAUUUGCACUCCGUGGCUCUUGGGAACAAGACUUUGGCCACCCAGUUUCUCAAGAAUCCUCUUGGUCACAGGAGUAUAAUUUUGGUCCUUCUGCGCUACUGGGGGACUUUGGCUCUUCCAGGCUGAUUGAGAAAGAGUGUUUGGAGAAAGAGAGUCGGGAUUUCGACGUGGACCGUCCAGGGGAAGCAGACUCUGUGCUCAGGGGCAGUGGUCAAGUCCAGGGCAGAGGCCAAGGUCUAAACAUCAUUGACCAGGAGGGUGCCCUCCUAGGAAAGGGAGAGACUCAAGGUCUGCUCACGCCUAAAGUGGGGGUUGGGAAACUUGUCACCCUGAGAAGCGUGAGCAUGAAGAAAGUACCCACUAUAAAUCGUAUUACUCCCAAAACUCAGGGGACUAACCAAAUCCAGAAAACCACUCCAAGUCCUGAUGUAACCCUAGGGACAAACCCAGGUACAGAAGAUAUCCAAUUCCCCACUCAGAAGAUCCCUCUGGGGCUCAAUCUGAAAGAUAUUCGGCUCCCCAGAAGAAAGAUGAGCUUUGACCUCAUAGAUAAGUCAGAUGUUUUUUCAAGAUUUGGGAUAGAAAUAAUCAAAUGGGCAGGAUUCCACACCAUAAAAGAUGAUGUUAAAUUUUCCCAGCUUUUCCAGACUCUCUUCGAACUCGAAACUGAAACCUGCGCUAAAAUGCUCGCCUCGUUCAAAUGCUCCUUAAAACCAGAGCACAGAGAUUUUUGCUUUUUUACUAUCAAAUUUUUAAAGCACUCUGCUUUGAAAACACCCAGAGUCGAUAACGAGUUUUUAAACAUGCUUUUAGACAAAGGUGCUGUGAAGACCAAAAAUUGCUUUUUUGAAAUCAUAAAGCCCUUUGACAAGUACAUAAUGAGGCUUCAAGACCGGCUUCUGAAGAGUGUCACACCCCUGCUCAUGGCCUGCAAUGCCUAUGAGCUGAGUGUCAAGAUGAAGACCCUCAGUAACCCCCUGGACUUGGCUGUUGCCCUGGAGACCACCAAUUCUCUCUGCCGGAAGUCUUUGGCCCUUUUAGGACAGACGUUUUCCUUGGCCUCUUCUUUCCGGCAAGAGAAAAUCUUAGAAGCUGUUGGCCUCCAAGAUAUAGCUCCAUCUCCUGCCGCAUUUCCAAACUUCGAGGACUCCACUCUGUUUGGGAGAGAGUACAUCGAUCACCUGAAGGCCUGGCUGGUUAGCAGCGGAUGUCCACUCCAGGUCAAGAAAGCUGAACCCGAGCCCACUCAAGAUGAGAAAACCGUUCCUCCUACCAAACCCGAGAUUGAAGCCAAGGCUCCUUGUGGUUUGAGUGAUGUCCCCCAGCGAGCAGAUCACAAAGUGGUGGACACCAUCGACCAGUUGGUCACACGUGUCGUCGGAGGCAGCCUGUCUCCCAAAGAGAGAGCUCUUCUCAAGGAGGACCCUGCUUACUGGUUUUUGUCAGAUGACAGUAGUCUGGAGUAUAAAUAUUACAAGCUGAAGCUAGCAGAAACACAGCGCAUGAGCCAGACUUUGCCAGGAGUGGAUCAGAAGCCAAUGGCGGCCGAGUGUGCAGUCCGAGCCAUGCUAUAUGCUCGAGCAGUCCGGAGCCUCAAGAAGAGGCUCCUCCCAGGCCGUCGGCGGGGGCUGCUCCGAGCUCAAGGGCUCCGGGGCUGGAAGAUGAGGAGAGCGACCACCGGGACCCAGACCCUCCUCUCCUCGGGCACCAGGCUGAAACACCACAGCCGGCAGGCUACAGGCUCAUUGCAGGGAAAGCUGCCCCAGCCAGAUGGAAAUGAUACUGCCAAGGACUGCCCGCCAGACCCAGCAGGACCCUCUUCUCGGGACCCCAGCCCAGAAGCCUCAGGCCCAUCCCCCAAGCCAGGAGGAAUGGACGUCUCUGAAGCCCCUCAGACCUCCUCUCCCUGCCUGUCUGCUGAAAUUGACACGAAGACAAUGGAGACUGCGGAGAAACUGGCCAAAUUUGUUGCUCAGGUGGGACCAGAGAUUGAACAGUUCAGCAUAGAAAAUAGCACCGACAACCCUGACCUGUGGUUUCUACAUGACCAAAAUAGUUCAGCUUUCAAAUUCUAUCGAAAGAAAGUAUUUGAACUGUGCCCAUCAAUUUGUUUUACAUCAUCUCCACUGAACCUCCAUGCUGGUGAGAGCACCCUAGAGCGUGUGGAAGGGGAAGAAGAGUUUGAGGAUGAGCCCCUUCAGCAUGAGGCUGAACUGGAGAACCCAGAGUUGAUUCCUGAGGAGGAGGAGGAGGACGAUGAUGAGGAGGAGGAUGACGAUGAGGAGGGAGGUGACGGGGCCCUCGCUCCCAGAGGGGCCUCCAGGCCAGCAGGAGGGGCCGCCAAGUCUGAGGGUUCCGAGGGCAGCCCCAGUGCUGAUGGCCUUCCGAGUGAGGUGGCUGAGGAUGGACCAGCUGGCACGCCUGCCCUGUCACAGGCCUCUUCAGGGGCCUGCUUCCCCCGGAAGAGGGUCAGCAGCAAGUCGUUGAAGGUUGGCAUGAUUCCAGCUCCCAAGAGGCUGUGCCUCAUACAGGAGCCCAAAGUUCACGAACCAGUUCGCAUCGCCUACGACAGGCCUCGAGGUCGUCCCAUGUCCAAAAAGAAGAAAUCCAAGGACUUUGACUUCGCCCAGCAGAAGUUGACCGACAAGAACCUGGGGUUCCAGAUGCUACAGAAGAUGGGCUGGAAGGAGGGCCACGGCCUGGGCUCCUGUGGGAAGGGCAUCAGGGAGCCCGUCAGCGUGGGAACUGCCUCGGAAGGGGAGGGGUUGGGUGCCGACGGGCAGGAGCACAAAGAAGACACGUUUGAUGUGUUCCGUCAGAGGAUGAUGCAGAUGUACAGACACAAGCGGGCCAACAAAUAGGUAUGUACAUGAGCUAGUGUGUGGGGCAUUCUGCCUAAGCUGAGGUUCUGGUACACAGAGACAUUACCUCUGAAAAGUCGGUAUUCCAAGCAUCAAAACCACCACCACAAAAAAAAAGUCUGUGAGGGAAACAGAGGAGUCUUUGGUUGCAGAUGUGUCCUACCUCUCACCUUCCAGGCUUGGCCGAAGGAGUGAGCCCCAUACCUGCCAAACACAGCUGCAGCCCACCAGCAGGGCCUGGGCGCAGGGCUCACCGUGGACUGUACACGGCCGCCCCUUGCCAGCUCACCUGGAAACAGGCCGCCACAGAGUGGCCUUGCGUCCCACAGGUGUAGGGGCGAGCUGGAAGCCGGCACUGCAGAGGAUGCUACGCACGUCCCUUUCUGAGGGUCUUCACGCCCUUUCCCUUCUGUAGGGCCAUGGGCCUAUAAAUAUCCUCGUCUUUCUCCACUCUUUUCACUUUCCCUCCCCACCCAUAAUUUCCAACUCAGUUUUGAACAAAAUUGUUCUCUCCCCGAAUAGAUCAGAACCAUGGGUGAGAAAGAUAAGGCUUGAAGCAGCAAUUACUCUUAAAACGCCACCUCUGCCCUGGAUCUGCCCUGGAGCCAGUGCCCAAGUAGGUUUGGUGUGUACACGAAAAACAAAUGUCUCUGCAGUUUCUGGGGCGGAGGUUCCACUGGCUUUUCUUUUUCUUAAAGAAAAAAAGAACUCACCAUUUCCGAUCUGCUUUUGCCUUUCCCCCUCUUCCGAAUGCUUUGGGCCACAAGUCCCCUCCAGAUUUUUGCCAGUGCCCCUCAGGAGGUGGUGCUGCCCGCUUAGUGCUCAGGAACAGCUCCUGCCCAUCUUCCAUCCCAGCGCACACUGCUCUCCAGAAGUGCUCUGUUAGCAAACUUGAAGCCGGAACAAUCGCAGAUCCUCUUCUUGUUUCUAGAAUUUCAACGGGGGCUAUAAAUCAAUAAUAGGAAAGUCUGUGCUCUGGUACCACAGCCUGUUGGUCUGAGUAAUGAAGCUCUUUGAAUAGGUGGAAAACCUUGAUUUGGAUGAACAUGUUAUUUAUGGAGUCUCAUUGCUUAAAUGCACCCCCAAGAGACUUGACCAAAUUUUAGCAACGGUAUAAUAUAGCUCUCGUUAGUGGGGAGUAAGCAUUACACUGCUGAAAUUUUCCCCAAAUUUACAUGUCUCUGGAAUCCACAAAGGAAGCGAACUGUAGUUUGAUUUUUCUUAAACCACACAUGGAGUCUCCUACAAAGGGGGAUGGUGUAAACUCUUCAGGAGUCUUUAUUUUUUGCAUGUGGGGCAGCAUAAAGAAUUGUUUUUAGGGCGUUUGUACAGAACGGAAAGGAUCCUCUUGGGGUGGGCUCAGCAGCUGUUUGCUAUUUCAAGGCAUAUGAUCGCCGCCCCUUCCAGCUUCUCCCAGUGCUCUGCUUCUGUCAGCUACAUGUGAAAUUCUCAGGCUGUGGGAAUCUCAGCCCUUCCUCAUAAAGCAGCAGUGUUGAAGUUUUAAAUACGUGCUAAAAUCUGAAAAACUUGGGAUCCUGCUGACACUACAAGCUUGGGGGACAGGCAGUGAGUUACUAUGUCAGCCGCUUGUAUUGGCUGUUAAGAAAUGUUUGCUUUCUCAAAGCCGCAGCUCUCCCGGGCUGUAGUCCCAGCCCCUCUGGUUCUGUCUUGUCUGCCUCGUCUGCACUCAGGCCUGUGCCGGCAUCUCACGUGCCUGCCCCGUGGCGCCUUUCUUCAUGUCAGGUGUAGCCCCCAAGGCUCUGCUUCUAGUUGCUUCUGUUGCUUUGGCAACUGGCGGGUCUUUUUGGCCAUGGAUAUGCUGGAGGUCCCUUAGCAGAGUUGAACCAGCCCACAGGAGGGGGUGUAGUUUAGGGGAACCACAGCUAUGGAGGUUUGUCUUCUGCUCCUUUCUUUCCUAAUUCUUUUACCAGCCUUCUGUGCUGGCCAAGGGUCAGGUGGAAGGACAGAACUCUGAGAAUAGGGCCUCAGUCCCCGGUGGCCUUUGGCAGUGUGCCUGCAGAGCCUGAGUGAGGCACACAUCCCACCACAGGUCCUAGCUUUCGUUGGAGCAUGGAUACCUCUGCCCAUCAUAUUCGCUUUGUCCUAGUAUUUUCAUUCUGGGCUUUCUCCACUUUUAUUUAUAAGUGAGAUGCUUUAGGAAUUCCCAGGGUGUGAGCCCUGCCCCUGCAGCCUCCUGCCACUCCUCGUGGAGUCAUCCCACUUUGAGCUGACACUGAUUGUGAGCCUUUGGCAAACAUCAAAGGAAACACCUUCUUCUUGAGCCUGGAAGUCCUCUGAGCACUCAGGUGAUGCUGUUCCUGUGGAGUCGACGUUGAGGCAGUGAAGGCAUUGCAGGAGCCAGUGGAGCGUGGUGGUGGGUCCCUGUGCCUGUCUUCGGCCAGGGACCAGUGUGCUGGCCCUCUGUGCCCACUAUUGCUCUCUCUGGCCUAGGCUGCUCUGCAGGGAGCAUGUGUGCGAACGCGAUGUGCGGGUGCAUGGUCUUGUCAAAGUCACAGUGUCUUUUCUGUCAUUCUAGUUCCAGGGUCUCUUCCGUGAGGACAACAGGCAUCCGGAAAGUGCUAACUCAUCACUUUGGGUGCUUACUGUCUCUGGCUUGUUUCCAUCACUGGAAAUCAUAGAGAGAAUUUUAGCAUUUUUGGUCCUUGGUAAAACCUAGAAGACAUUUGUGAUGUUACAAAAUGGAAGUUUUUGGGUUUUUUUUUCUUUUUUUAAUCUAAGAAGUUGUGAAUGUUGUUAAUCAUUUAGCAGUUGCAAUAAAUGUAGAGGAAACCCAA